CAUUUAUGUUUGAAUAAUAUGAAUCAAGCAACAAAUGUAACCCUCACGUCUGUGCCAUUAAAAUGCCAUCGGUAGGCGGCAACGUUGCGCCUUCCAGGGAACAGGAAGCAGGCGUUUCUGCGGGAAAAGAUACAUGUUCUAGUUAAACUUAGGUGUGCUCAUAUAAACCAUCACAGAUCGAUCCUUAACCAGAUACGCUUUAUUUAGCAUUUAAUGUUUAUGUAAUUGGGCAUUUAUUUUAUUUUAGAAGUCGUUCGCGAAGAACAAUUUGCGCAUCAGUUUAAUACUCGGGUGGAGUUAAGGGUGUAAAAGCAGUCUCUUGCAACCAUGGGACGGUUUCUAUAUGUUACUCUUGUACUUUCAGUUUCAUAUCAGCUUAUAUUACCUUGUUACUCAUUGGAUUGGGACAGCCAGUCUAGUGCCCUUCAUAAUGUACGCUCCAUUGUUACAAGUUUGUCCGAGGAAGCCCACAGUUGCCUCGUCUCUAUGGUCGGUGAAAAGGUAGUAGAUUCGUCCUUAAAGUCUGCACGUAAUGGCGUAAAGUUACUGUCAGAAGCGACGGCAGCGGCUCUCAACGUGGUCAUCCGAUACCUUACUGAAAUAUUGGAGGCAGCGGGAAUUAACGCCAAACUACCCUUCAAUCAAGUUACUGCAGAAGGAGUGAUUUUUGUUGCUCAAUGGGCCUUGCUGGCUCUGAUUGCCUACUGGAUAUUAUCCCUCAUCCUGCGGCUGGUGGUCGGAGCUGUGAGACAGGCACUGUGGCUAUUGAAGGUCAUCUUUACAGUUGCCAUGUUCUGGUUGAUACUCAGCGACUCCAGUGCCUCCGCAGAAACCACAGCACUGAGAUUAGCAGGCCUGGUGUGUGUUUGUGUCCUGUUAGGUGUGGGUGGAUCAUCGGUACAGCGAGAUAAGCACCUCGAGGACAAAAUCAAGGUAUUGGAGAGACGGCUGAGAGAUAUGGAAAGAAACUGAGUGGAAUAAAGAAGAAACUUGCACCCGGUCCUGAAAUAACUCUUUUGCUUUUUGCAGCACAGUUGUUAAUUUUGAGGAUGUCAUUUUGUAAAUGAAUAAUGACUUUGAACUGUAUAAAUAGAAGCUCAAGCAUGAUUCAUUUAUAAACGUCACUGUAAAAAAAAAAACAUUUUGCACUUUAAGUUCAAUCAACUUGGAUGUACAUGUCAUUUUGACUGUGUAUUGCUGUAACUUAUAAAAUAAAGUUGACAUAACUAUAGCAAAUUCAACUUGAUUUAAUAAGUUACAGCAACGCAUCACUUGUCAAGAUAGUUGAAAUGACUAAUAAUUACCAGUUGAUUAAACGUUCAAAUUUAAGUGGAACAUUUUUUUUUACAAUGUUGGUGUUUCGAUAUUUGUAUGUGUUGGUUACAAGAAUAUGGAUUAGGGCAUUUGAAUGAAAGAGUUAAAUCAAAUGCACACAAAUAAGGGAUUAGUUUGUAGGUACUGGGUCAGGUUACAGGUUAUUCAGAGACAUCAAGUGCUCAUAUUGCAUUCAAACAAUCAUGUUUAUGUUGCUUAUUUUGCUACAUUAUUCAGGGAUGGAGUAACAUUGCAAAAUGUGUUACUUAAAAAUGCAGCUUUCCUAUGCAUGUGUGGUAUCUUAAAAUGUAUUUUCUACCGUUGCAGGAUUAUUGAUAUCUGAAUUAAUACUCUAAUGUUUCUAGUAAUGUGCCAUAAUAAAAUACAUAUGUAAAGCUGAUAAGUCUGAGGUGACUUCUAAAGUCGCUAAGGUAAAAUAAAACAUACAUUUCACAGCAUAAGGGAAACAUUACAAAAUGUAUGUACACAUUAAAGUUUACAUGAAUCAGUCUAACUUA